UGAAGCAGCUGAACUCUGCACACAGCUGUCUGAGAGAAAAGGACCAUUAACAUGUUAACAAAGGACUCAAAUCUUCAAACAGAACAGAAUCUAACAGGAUAGGACGAGGACAGCCAACACUGAAAACCUUGAUAAGCUUUGCAGAUGAACUGCUGCCAGCUGUGGGAUUUUAAGAUGUGGAUGUUAAUGGGCGUGGUCUGUUUAAGUCACUGUGUCUCUGGACAGCUGCUGAAGGGAGGACCCCGUCUGAUCUGCAGUGUCCCCGGGUCACCAGGCCUUCCUGGCAAACCUGGUCCCAGCGGACCCCCUGGAGGAGAUGGGAAUGUGGGUAUCCCAGGAAGAGAUGGCAGAGAUGGCAGGAAGGGUGAAAAGGGAGAAAAGGGAGACACAGGGUUAAAGGGCAGGGUUGGUCCAACAGGUAAGAUUGGAGAGCGAGGGGACCGUGGCCCUCCUGGAAAACGAGGCCCUCCAGGGGAGGGUGGUGACGUAGGCCUACCUGGUGCUCCAGGCCGCGAUGGAAAGAAAGGGGAGAAGGGCGAGCGAGGGCCGAGUGGAACGGCAGGAACAUGCCGAUGUGGCAGCCUGCUUCCUAAAUCUGCCUUCUCUGUGGGAAUCACCAGCAGCUACCCCACAGAGAACAUCCCCAUCAAAUUCAACAAGGUCCUGUUUAAUGAGGGCGGACACUACAACCCACAGACGGGCAAGUUCAUCUGCGCCUACCCAGGUGUCUAUUAUUUCUCUUAUGACAUUACACUGGCCAACAAACAUCUCGCAAUUGGUCUGGUGCAGAAUGGCCAGUAUCGAAUCAAAACCUUUGAUGCCAACACGGGAAACCAUGACGUGGCCUCUGGGUCCACGGUGAUGUACCUGAACCCAGAAGAUGAGGUGUGGCUAGAGAUCUUCUACCAUGACCAGAAUGGAUUAUUUUCAGACCCAGGCUGGGCUGACAGUCUGUUCUCUGGCUUCCUUCUCUACGCUGACACAAACUACUUUGACACACUGGCAGAGGAUUACGCAUAGAGCUAUGAAAACACAAAGCAAAAGGAUCAAAACAUCUUAUUUUGGUUUUAUUACACAUAUGGUAUGACAUGCUAUAUUUUUAUAAAGAUGUUUGUUCUGAUACUUUCAUUAGUGGUUCAGAGGUGUAUCUACUGUUUUUAAAUGUAUAUAAAAUGUAGAUAAUUUCAUAAAACUUUUAUCAG